UGUACAGGCAGAAUGUCAGGGAGCAACCAACAACAGGACCUGGUGCUCAUUAAAGAACUGGAGCUCAUCUUGGAUUCCUGCUCACUGGAGCUCACACCAGUGGAUGAAGUCUGGCCAAACUUAUACAUUGGAAAUGUGGGUGUAGCACAAAAUAGAAAGACAUUACAUAAGCUUAGCAUCACUUAUGUCCUGAAUGCAGCGCACUCCAAGCAGGGAAGCAUCGGAGACCAGAGUUUUUAUGGAAACACAUGUGUUUACUUUGGCAUCCCAGCAGAAGAUUCAGACAACUUUAACCUCAGUCAGUACUUCAAAUCUGCAGCUGACUUUAUACAUAAAGGCCUCAAGAGUAAAGAUGGAAAAGUGCUGGUGCACUGCAUCAUGGGCAUGAGUCGAUCGGCCAGUUUGGUUCUAGCUUACCUCAUGUUGAGGCAGCGUCUCUCCCUGAGAGAUGCUCUGAGGCACGUUGUCCAAAAACGAGCCAUUUACCCCAACCGGAAUUUCCUGUCCCUCCUCCUAAAGCUGGAUGAACAGCUGGCACUAAAAAGGAGGUUGUGUCCUGUUCUCUGACAUACUGAUGCUGUUUCAUUAGAAAUUAUUUACCUCAUCGACUUUCCAUUUUGUCACACUUCAAUAUAAUUACUGUCAACAAUUAUGAAUAAUGUUUUGUUAUUAUAAUGUGUAAGAUAUAGUUUGAGUUGUGAGUCAAUAAACUGACUCUUUAAUUCCAUAUUAUAGGGCCAUUUCAAGUUUAUCAUCUGAAUACAUGAGCAGUUCUCGUGUUAUGUUGUUUCACCUUGUGAGUGCAAAUGUUUUUAGCUCUCUGUUUGUAAGUUCAGAUAUUAAAUACUCCAACAGUAAUACCCCAAAUAGUUAACAACAGUCAGCCCAAAUCAGCCAACUGGAUUGUCGGCAACAGAUUUAAAAAAAAAAAAAAUUUAAAUGCAAAUUAAUUUUUAUUU